UGACCAGAGUGGCAUGUCGUCCAGCCGAACACAGCAGAUGUACGCUUUCAACUGGAUCCGGAAUCACCUAGAGGAGCACCCUGAGACAUCACUGCCAAAGCAAGAGGUGUACGACGAAUACAAGAGCUACUGUGACAGUCUUGCCUACCACCCACUGAGUGCUGCAGACUUUGGAAAGAUCAUGAAGAAUGUCUUUCCCAACAUGAAGGCUCGCCGCCUGGGCAUGAGAGGCAAAUCUAAAUACUGUUAUAGUGGACUGAGGAAGAAAGCUUUUGUUCACAUGCCUUCUCUGCCCAACUUGGACUUACAAAAAUCAGACGAUGGGUGUGAGUUAAUGGAGCCGUCGUCUGGCCAGUCUCCCAGUGCAGAGGAUGAGAUGCGCUCAGCGGCCUGUGGCCUGGUGUGUGAGUGGGCUCAGAAGGUCCUCAGCAGACAGUUUGAUGCCGUGGAGGACCUGGCCCGCUUCCUGCUCAACAGUCACUACAUAGGAACCAAGUCCAUGGCUGCCCUCACCGUCAUGACUGGGACUCCCACAGGUCUGAAGACGUCCACGCCAACCUCUGCGUUCGUGCCCACGUCCGAUGCCUCGUCCUUCCAGCCGGUGAAGACGCUGGCCUCUCCCUCGGUGGACGCCAAGCAACAGCUCCAGAGGAAGAUCCAGAAGAAACAGCAGGAGCAGAAGCUCCAGUCCCCCCUGCCUGGAGAGGCCCAGGGACAGAACCAGGCCAGGAGGGCCGAGGCCAGCACCCCAGGGCCAGCUAUCCCCUGUGGAAGUCCUGCUCUCCUCUCACCACAACCUACCAUUGGCAUAGUGGUGGCAGCUGUCUCCAGUCCCAUCACGGUCCAGAGGAGCAGGCAGCUGAUGACUUCCCCUAGCCCAGUGGGAUCCGCCGAGGGGAAGGUCCUGCCAACGGUCAACUUCCAGGUGGUCACCCACACCCAGUCUCUGACCCACAGGCAGUCCCCGAAGACGCCCCAAAACAUCUCAGCCAGCCCCGUGGGCGACCGCCUGGCCAGGCACAGGUACCCCCAGAUCCUCCCCAAGCCCUCAGCCACAGGGGCCAUCACCCUGCGUUCGCCUCCCACCCUGCUCAUCACCAACAGCCCCAUCAAGACCCACCACGUUGUCAAGAUGACCGCCAUCUCUCUGGCCCCUAGCAACACUCUCAGUACCAGCAGUAACAGUAUGGUCCUCAGGCCAGCUUCGGCCGGGGUGGGAACCACCACCACCACCACCACCACCACCUUUACCACCAUCGCCGCCCUAGAGGAGGUCCAGCAACAUGGACAGAGCCAGGGAGGCCCCCCAGCCCCAGCCACCCCCCAGUCCCCUGCAGCAUGGCCUGGCGCCCCACCCUCCACCCCUAUUCCCACAGUGGCCCCUGAGGCCAUCAUCACUGAUAAUAACCCGGGCUGUAACUCUGAUAAACGGAGCACCAUAAAGCAGUCCCCCUGUGGGGCCAAGGGUCCAGAGAGAGCCACCAAGUACCGGGCGGCCAGCGAACCCUCGCUUAUGGUCAAAUGCUCACCAGGACCUGACAGAGUGACCGACAGGACCAAAAGCGUCUCAUUCUCCUCCACCUCUCCUCCAGCUGCUGCCACCAAUGCAGCGAUCAAGUGGGCGGGGCCUCAGCAGGACAGCAAUAAGAGCAUCAUCGCCACCACCUGUCACCAAGAAAGUCCUUUGUAUCUGACCGUUGCUCCCUCGGCCAAUCAAAAUGCUCCUAGCGUCAGCGGAAUAUCCUCCUCAUCCAAUGGCUCGUCGGCUGUUACCUUAUUGUCCCCUAAAGACUCCUCGUACGGGGCCAAGAACCCCAGGAAGCGGGCCGGCCCCGGGCUGGAUUCCUCCCACGUCAUCCCUGUGAAGCGCGUCUUCAUCUCCCAGCAGCCUUUGAGUGUGACCUUUGACCCCAAACCAUGGGUCCCAGCUAGACCUGGCACUCCUGCCAGACCUGAGAGCGCCCCCUGUCGAGUGACGGUGAAACAACACCUAGUGCCCACGAAGAUCCUGGCGCUGUCCGACUCGCCUGUCACGAACGCAGAGAUCUCCUCCCUCUCCCUCUCUUCCUCUCAGGCUGUUGUCAGUGUGAAGCCCCAGGUCUCCUCGUUGCUGGUAGUGAAACGCGAAGACCCGUCCUCUCGAGGACUAACACUAAGCACUGUCAGCAGUCACACCAGCAGCACUGCAGCCCCUGAUAGCACCACCACCACAGUGUCUGAGCAGCAGCAACACUCUGAGGCUUCUGUCUCUGCGAUGGCGGUAGGAGCACAGCAACACUCUGAGGCCUCUGUCUCUGUGAUGGCAGUAGGAGCACAGCAACAAUCUGAGGCCUCUGUCUCUGCGAUGGCGGUAGGAGCACAGCAACACUCUGAGGCCUCUGUCUCUGUGAUGGCGGUAGGAGCACAGCGUCAAUCUGAGGCCUCUGUCUCUGUGAUGGGGGACAUAAAGAGCACAAUGUGGGAGGAGUCAGCUGCGGGGCAUGCGGAAGAGCUGCAGAAACAGACCUUCAGUCAGAAUAUACCAGCAGACCAUACCAAGCAGCAGGCCCUGGGCUCCACCAUGAACCAACACCAACUCCCAAACAUCAUGUCCCAGACCUCAGACUCCUCUGAUCAGUUAUCUGGCCUUCACCAGGAGAUGGUGGACUUUGCCUCCUCAGCCUCCCAGCACGGCUCCACCAUGGACUACUUCUCAUUUAACGAUGAUGAUAUGACCCAGGACAGCAUAGUAGAGGAAUUGGUUCAGAUGGAAGAACAGAUGAAGCUGAAGGGCCUGCAGCCGCUGUUCAGUAGCUGUGUGGAUAAUAUCUCUCUCCAGGGCCAGCCUGGGGGCCCCCAGGGGUCCAUCCUCAACACCCACCACCAGGGGGGUAGCUCCUCUUUCUACCAGUCUGCCCAUAGCAGCACAACCCCCAUCCAGACUCCCACCCCGACUCCCACACCGACUCCAACCCCGACCCCCACCGAGAUGACACUCGGUGGGCACGGGCUGACCAGAGAGAGCCCCUGUUGCCAUCACAGCAUGGCCCCUAUCACGCCCGUGGAGGUCCCUCUAGGAGGCCGACACACCCCUAUAAGCGCUCUGUCUAACUGUUCUAGCGGCAUCCCGCCCAGCCCGGUGGAGUGCAGGAACCCAUUUGCCUUCACCCCUAUCAACUCCAGCAUGGCAGGGGGUUACCACGAUGCCUCCGUGGUGUCUGUCUCCUCCAGUCCCAUCAAGCCCAUGCAGAGACCCAUGGCCACGCACCCAGAUAAGGCUAAACUGGAGUGGAUCAACAACCGCUACAACAGUAGUGGUACUGAAGCUACUGGAGGAGUCGGAGCAGGGCCAGGGUCUGGGUUAUCCAUCUCUAACCACAGCCUUGGUGGACUCCUGCCUAGUUACCAGGAUCUAGUGGAUGACCAUUUCCGUAAGCCCCACGCCUUCGCUGUUCCGGGCCACAGUGGCCAGUCUUUCCAGUCUCAAUCCAGACUGCAGGAUGGCGAACACUUCUCUCCCAUCUCCCCGGUGCAACAGCAGAUGACCAGCGUAUCGACCACGCCCACCAACACUCCAACCAAACAGGAUGAGAGCUUUGCUGUGCCCGCCCCUUUAGACAACAAGGGCGGAGCCUCGUCGUCAGGCGGCGGAACGUUCCGUUGCCGUAGCGUCAGCCCCGCCGUGCGCCAGAGGACCUUCAGCGGUACCGGCACAACCCCCGGCACUGGCACAACCACUCAAUUGGUAGUCUCCCCUUUCAGCUCCCCCAUGACCUCCUCCGAGAUACUCAGCUUCCUGUCCAACAGCCAAUCGGUGGGCAGUAACCUCCACAGCAUGGCCCAGCGCAGCCAAUCGGUGCCCUUAAACAUCAUGAUGCAGAGCGUUGUGGAGAUGGAGCUACUUCCUGUAGAGAUGCAGGCCAUCCAGAGUAAUGCCACUAAGAUCACCAACGUCCUCCUGAGUAAGAUGGACUCUGACGUGGACGACACAGUCAGGGGCCUGGGCAUCAACAACUUCCCCUCCAACUACACUGCCCGCAUGAACCUCACCCAGAUGCUGGAGACCCAGUCUCAGAGCCAGGCCACCAAUGGGAGCUUCACAACCGGAAGGGGAGGAGGUAACACCCACCAAUCCCACCUUCAGCUACAGACCGUCAGCUCCAGCCCUGCCUCCUUCGACCUCCAGCAGCAUGGGGGCUACCUCACCAGCGCUGGAGGAGGCGGGGAGGGGAUGAGCUUCUCCUCUGGAGACAACCAAGCACAAUCAGGUCCUGGUGAGAACCAACAGCUAGACUUCAACAACACUGUUAAAGACCUGUUAGGUGAUGACGGCCUCAACGUUGACGCUGAAGGCCUCAACCCCAGCUCUCAACUGGUCGGUCAGGUGGCGUCAGAGCUUAACGCCGCCGUGGUGUCCGACUUCACCAAUGACAUCAGGUUGACCUCCGACCUCUCCAACAGCAUCACUGACCUGAACACACUGGACGCCAACCUCCUGUUCAAUCCGUCCAAUCAGCAGCAAGAACAGUACGAAGACGCCACACUGGAAGAGCUGAAGAACGAUCCUCUGUUUCAGCAGAUAUGUAGUGAUACUGUGAACUCCUCGUUCGACUGGCUAGAGAGCAAAGACCAGCCUACUACCGUAGAGAUGUUGGGCUAAUGUUGUUAUUUUCUGCAUCCCAAAUG